AUGGCUUGGAUGCGAAUUUGCUAUAUGAGGGGACCGACGGCAAACCAAUUGGUCCAUGGUGUCCUAGAAUCGAUCAGAUAUUGGUAUGGCAUGUGGACCUUCCAUGGUAUCCUUAUCGAUAAGAGCCGCGCAACACCGUGCAGACGUGGGGGGUCCACUCAUCUCGAGUUGCGCCUUCCCCAUUUCCGCUUGAGAUGUGUGGGGAAGGGGGGCAUUUUUGGGGGAGGAGCAGCUCAACGCGCCCAUCCCCCGCGUUAUGCCAGACACCUGAGGCGCAACUCUGCCAAUCUCCAAUUCCAUCUCAUCUUGCGCCCACCUCUCGUCUCCAUCUCACCGGCUGUCGCGAAUAUCUUCAGCCCGCUCUGCGCAACUUGCUUGGCGUGCCACAACGUACCCGCACCCCUUGCUCAUGAGAGUAUCACCCCCUAG